AUGGAUGAUGAAGUGGAAAGCUAUCUGAUGCAACAAUUUAGCGAUGGUCUUAGAUCUCCCAAAGUGAGCUUGAAAAAAGAUCUUCAGGAAGUGGAGAAAUUGAUUCAACAAAAACUUGGGAACUCAUCUGCUUCAGAGAAGCCAUCACUCAGGGAAAAGCUCUAUCGCCUCAACAACAUUUUGGCUGAAUGCCAGACAGCAUCAUUCUUAUCUCGUGAAGGACUAGUUACCCUGUGGAGAAUCAGGAAUCAUUUGAAAGAAAUCAAGGGGGAGCUUAAGCCGAAGGAAUCCAACACAACUGCCUCGAAUGGACACGUUAGUCCACCACAGAAUGGUCAGCAGAACUCAUCAAAUGUUAGAGACACUGACCGGCAGAGUCAUCAAUCAGUAAGUCCGGUGGUGGUUCAUGGGUUCAACGAUGAAAUAAUGUCACUGGAGAAACUGCUUGUUUGCGAAAGAAUUAAUGAAAAUUUCAAUGCUGUUGGAAUCACAGGGAUGGCUGGUAUUGGAAAAACCACACUAUCCCAAGAGCUUAUAAAAAGAGAAGAAAUGAAGAAGCACUUUGUUCCCAGGAUUUUGGUAAGUAUGCCGAAAAGGUCUGAUGGGAACAAAGACGUGAAGACAGCACUUUUGGAAAGAAUGCUGUAUUCACUUGGAGUUGAAGAAAAUAUCAUUGAAUCCAUUUCUAACCGCGGCCUUUCAUCUCUAAUCUGUGCACUUCAUGUGCAGCUGAUGGGCAAGAAAUAUAUGAUUGCCCUAGACGAUGCACAGGAAGCAGAUAAGUGGUAUGAAAACCUGAACUCUCCUUUGCCUAGCAAGGUUGAAUGGGAGCAAAGCCUUGCGUAUGGAUUGCCGAAAGGCUAUGGUGGAACAGUUAUUGUCACUAGUAGGAAUGAGGACCUGGCAAAGAAGAUGGUUGGAGAGGAAAAUGUACAUCGCCUUCUGCCUCUUUCAGAUAAAGAGAAAUGCUGGUCUAUAUUCGAAGAUUCUGUUAAGCAGGAUGGGACACAAUUCAAUCCCCAGAAUAUGGAAUUGGAAGAUCUGAAAAGGGAAGUCAUACAAAAGUGUGCUGGCCUUCCAUUAGCAGCAAGAAUGAUAGGGGAAAUUGUGAAAGAGACAAUGAAAGAGGCACCUGUGCCUAAUGGUCAUAAUGUGACUGUACAACCACAGUCAUCAACCGAGAGCAACUCAAAUGUUUAA